AUCGAUUGGACUCGCAGUUGAAAACGGGCAGCUAUGCCGCGCGCCUACAGAGAACGAGCUGGUGGCGUCCGCCUGGAACAACGGCCGCUGCGACGGAGGACCGACCCGGGGACCGCUGCACCGGGAGGCUGCUGACAGGUGACCGCUCCUCCGGGGGAAAACCUCCUCCCUGAAAAAAAAAAAAAGAAGAAAAAAAAAAAAGAAACGCAGCCGAGGAAGAGGAGGAGGAGAGCGCGCCGCACGCACCCGCUUCUUCUCCCGUUUCUCUCUCUCUCUCUCUCUCUCCCAUCUCAAACAUCUCCUCCAGCUUUAAUUUCAGCCCCGCCAAGAGAAGAAAAGCAAGGAGACACCCGCGAUGUUGCUGCUAAACGUCUAGGAUUUGCUGCCGCGCGCGCGUGUGUGUGUGUGCAUAGACUGUGAAUAAAGCUGAGCACGGACAGAGAGCUACAACAACAACGACGGGCUUCACUAUGGUUUUAUUGGCUCUCCGCAGCAGGAGAUGUCUUAAUAGUCGCUGUAUGGGGACGUUAUGCUUGCAGUUGUUGCUGUGGAUUUUAUGUGCCGUGAACGGAGAGGAGCAGCCGUUCAGCGUGGAGGUGUGGCUCCAGAGGUAUGGCUACCUACCUCCUGCAGACCCCAGAAUGUCUGUGCUGCGUUCUGCCAGAGUCAUGCAUACUGCUAUCGCUGCCAUGCAGCGCCGCUAUGGCCUAAAUGUCACAGGGAAUCUGGACAGCAACACUAUAGACGAUAACACCAUAAGGUGGAUGAAGAGGCCCAGGUGUGGGGUUCCCGACGAGAUCAGCGGCGCAUCCAGAUUCAGCGUCAGGAAACGACGAUACGCCCUCACUGGCCAGAAGUGGCAACAUAAACAUAUCACAUACAGCAUAAAGAACGUGACACCCAAAGUGGGCGCCGACGAGACCCACGACGCCAUUCGGCGAGCCUUCGACGUGUGGCAGAGCGUGACACCGCUGCGCUUCGAGGCCGUGCCCUACAGCGAGCUGGAGAGGACCAAGAAAGACGUGGACAUCACCAUCAUCUUUGCUUCGGGUUUCCAUGGCGACAGCUCCCCUUUUGACGGAGAGGGAGGCUUUCUUGCCCAUGCUUACUUUCCGGGGCCUGGAAUAGGAGGUGACACGCACUUUGACUCUGAUGAACCGUGGACGCUGGGAAACCCCAACCAUGACGGUAACGAUUUGUUCCUGGUGGCCGUCCACGAGCUCGGCCACGCACUGGGCCUGGAGCACUCCAACGAUCCCACGGCCAUCAUGGCGCCUUUCUACCAGUAUAUGGACACGGACAACUUCAAGCUGCCCAUGGACGACCUGAUGGGAAUCCAGAAGAUUUACGGGCCCCCUGAUAGGAACCCCCAGCCCACCAAGCCUCUGCCCACGGCGCCCCCGCCACGCUCCCAUCCUCCCUCGGAUCCCCGCAAACCAGACAGGCAGACGCGACCUCCGAGGCUGCCCCCAGGAGACAGGCCGUCCCACCCCAACGCCAUACCGAACAUCUGCGACGGAGGCUUCAACACGGUGGCCAUAUUGAGGAGGGAGAUGUUCGUCUUCAAGGACCACUGGGUUUGGCGGAUGAGAGACAACUCUGUAUUGCCGGGAUUCCCCAUGCUCAUCAGCGUGUUCUGGAAGGGGCUGCCAUCAAAGAUAGACGCCGUCUACGAGAACAGCGAGGGCAAGUUCGUCUUUUUCAAAGGAAAGCAAUUCUGGGUAUACAAGGACACGAAGUUGGAGCCUGAUUACCCAAGGGACAUCACCCAGUUUAGCCACGGCAUGCCGUCCCAGAGCAUCGAGGCGGCCGUGUGGUGGGAGGACGUGGCCAAGACCUAUUUCUUCAAAGGAGACAGGUACUGGCGCUACAACGAGGAGAAGAGAACCAUGGACCCUGGCUAUCCAAAGCCCAUCUCAGUGUGGAAGGGGGUCCCCGCUUCACCACAGGGGGCCUUCGUCGACAAAGCCCAUGGUUUCACCUACUUCUAUAAAGGAAAGGAGUACUGGAAGUUCAACAACCAGUUACUGCGGGUGGAGCCGGGAUACCCGCGCUCAUUCGUCAAGGACUUCAUGGGCUGCGACCGGAUGCCCAGGGACCCCGGGCGCCAGCCGGCCGACGACGGCAACUCGGACGUGGUGAUCGAGCUGGACAACGAGGCCAGCACGGUGAAGGCCAUAGCCAUCGUCAUCCCGUGCGUGCUCGCGCUGUGCCUGCUGGUGCUGGUCUACACUGUGGUGCAGUUCAAAAGGAAGGGCACGCCGCGCCACAUACUGUACUGCAAACGCUCCAUGCAGGAAUGGGUCUGAGCCGCCGAGAGAGACUAUAGGGAGCCGGGGGCGGGCGAGGUGAUGAGACGCUUGGCGGGAGAAAACAAACAAACAAAAAAAAAAACAACAACAAAAAAUAAAAACAACGGAAACAGGACAACAGCCGUCACUUUUCCAAAAAGGAGGACAGCUGACUCUGGAGCGCUUUAUUACAAACCACAGCCAUGCCUCCCUCCGUCUCUCUGGCGGUCUGAUUCUUUUGUUCAGACCUGCGGAAACGGCCAAGACAUUCUGACUGCGAUUCAGGAGAUCCCAGAGCCUAACGCUGACUUUGUUAGCCCCCGGCCUUUUUAACAACACGGGGAGCGGGAGAGGGAUCUUUGCCAGAACAGACCUUUGGUCCUCAGACUUAAAAAAAAACAAACAAACAAGAAAACGCUAGAGGGUCAGCAUCACUUUGUAUUUCUGAAACUUGACUUCCUGCCCCGUCCCUUUUUGUUUAAUUUUGCUGACCUCUCUGCUUUCAGGCAGAGGGAGGACUUUUACGGCGGGACUUCAUCGUCAUCUCUCAUAUCGAGUUGUUGGGGGAAAAAACAGCUAUUUUUUAUUCUCAUGAUGGCCCACUCAAAUCAUCCCCCCUUCAAGGACUUUAUCACCUUAUUACCAAUCAUCAAACGCCUUGCUUUGUUUCCGUUUCUUAAUUUGUAAUUGAAGGAAAAUAGAUUUAAUCCAAGAAUGAAAGUCCUCAGCUGUCCCUUUAACAAACUCCUGAGACCAAACUAAACCAAAACAAGUUAAUUUCUUUCCAAAGAGGAUCACAUUUUUAUUAUUUUUUUUUUUUUUGGUUUUGUUUUCAUUUUACUUUUUUUCGUCCUCAUUUCCCUUCUCUGGAUCCUUGCAGCGAUUGAGAGUCGGGGAGCUCUGACUGUUGUGGCAGUCUGUUUUGAGACACAGGGGCCAAAUUACUCUGCAAUAUUUUAACUCGCCUUAAAUAUAAAGCAUACAACUUGUGCUUGGUUUUACUGUUCCUUGGUUUUUAUCUGUUUUUUUCCUCUUUUAUUUGUAUGUUGCUUUUAUUUUAAAAUUUUUUGGUUUGUUUCUUUGUAAAGAAGCUGAAAUAAGUGCUUCUCGUGAUUGGUAUUUUCUGGAUUUUAUUACACUACACAGAAUAAUCGGCACUGGUUUGCUGAGCUAUUCUGUACUACAAUAUACAGUAGGUUCACCCUGUAUUGCAAGUAAUGUAUUGUUGGAAGGUUAUGGAGUAAAGCCACUAUUUCUGUGUGUUAAGAUAUUUGUUACUGUUUUUGUUUUGUUUUUUUUAAUUUCUUCCAUAUGACAAAAACAGGCUGAACGGCAGCCUCCGUCUCACUGAAUUUGUCCCUUUCAGUUCGAUGAAGUGUUUCUUUCUCAGUGGUUGUUCUGUGAGGUCAUGUGUGAACAGAAAACACACACACACACAAAAAAGAAACAAAAAAAAAUUCUAAAAAAGUUGACUGCCUUGUUUUACGAGAGCUCAGAGUUCCCAGAAUGCUUUUUUUUUUUUUUGUCUCGUAGCGUAGGGCCCCGCGAAGCGAGACAAGUCGAGAUCAGUGCCUGUGUCAACGUGCAUGCAAGCAUUUACUGUACAAACGGCCGGUUCUGCUCCGUGUGGCUUCAGAACCCGUCGUCUUUGAAGGAACUUUUUCUCUUGAAAAUGCUGUUAUUUUUGUACCUUUUCAGUGUGUCCCAAUUCCCAUGCCUACCCCCUUUUCUAGGUACAAUGAGAUAUAUAUAUAAAAAAAAAAGGAAAAAAAAAUAUUCAAGUGGUACCUUUUGGGAUAUAAUCAGGAAAUCGGAUGAUCGGCAAGUCGAAUUGGCCUCUUUAGUCGGCGAGCAGUCUUUGAAUGUGUGUCCAUCUUCAUGCUCACAUUCUGUUCUUUUUUUUUUCUUCUUGUUUUUUCCUUAGUUUUUUUAUGGUCCAGUUGGAUGUCUCACAACGGUUUCUUUGUGUAAGACUGUGGGACAUCUCGAAAAAAAGAAAUCAUGUUCUGACUGAAUGAAUAAACUGAUCAAUAUAUGAUGAAAA